AUGGCUCCCAACGGCAAUCCGAAGGCGAGGAACGGUGCCGGUGUCGCCCAUGGAAGAUCCAGCGCUGCAAGGCGUGUGGUUCCUGUCAUUCCUCUCCCCAUGGACCGUCGCGUCAAGGCCAAUGCUGCUGCAAAGCAGGCCGCCGCUGCUGCCCAAGCCGCCACUAUUGCGACCCUUCCUCGACCCGCCAUCACGAACGGAUCUUCCUUGAAAAUCCAGCACGACGUCGACUCCGCCCCCAACACGCCCGAGACCACCGAGAUUGAGAUUGCCACAGACGAAAACGACAAGGGAGAGCCCGUUGCUGCCAGCAAUGGUGCUGAGGAAACGCCUUCGCCUGCCGAUGCGGAAGUCGAUGACACAAAGGAUCGCGAAGGUACGCAGGAAUUUUUGCCAGGCUUCAACGCACUCGGAGAACAUCCCACUCACUCUUUUCUACUAGCUACCGACUCCCAGGAGUCUUCCGCCGCCAUCCCCACCCCGUCCACGACCGAAGAGUCCGAAUCGACCGACAAGACCGCCGCCGACCAAGACCUCCCCCGCUCUGCUGAAGAGCCUGUUCGAGGUAUGUCCGCCCUUGGCACUGGCAGCUCCGGGCACCCCAUCUCACACGCUACAGGCAGUAAUCACAUCGCCUCUCCGCCCGCGGUGGUUCGAGUUGCGAAGAAGGGUAAGAAACUUCAAUAUUAUGAUAUCGUCAUGCCGCAAAGUCCUAAUCACCAUGCUACAGACAAUGCUCCCCAGCAGCAUCCGUCGACAUUCAGACCCCCUCCCGUUAUUCCUCCGACGCGUUACAACAUGCCACCCAAUGGUCACAAUGGCUCGCGCCCUUCUCCCGUCGUCAUCAAUGGUACCUCUCACCGGGGCCCCCGAUCUGUUCACAACGGCCCUCCACACAUGCAUGGCCCGCGUCCCAGCAACGGAAGCCUUCAGUUUGGAGGCUUCGCGUCCAACUCGUCUUCUCCGGCGCCUCCUCACUCUGGAGGCUUCAUGCCCCCUCCCGGCAUGCCUCUCCCCGACGGACGAUCCUUCAGCGGUGCUGCCAACGGUUUUCACCGCCAGAUGCCCUACGGCACCGAGUUUGUUCCUGGUACAGGUGUAGAUGGUUUCGGUCGACCUGUUCCAGGCUAUGGAGGCAUGGAGCAGUACCCUCCUCACCUCAACGGUGGCUACGGACCUUCGACUCCUCAUAGUUUCCAGGGGUCGCACUCUUCGGCCCAUGCGGAUGACACUGGUGCCUACAAUCACUACCCCGCGCCAGGCGUCCCCAACGGUACAGCACAUGUCGAUGACGCUCGCCCUCACCCUCCUCCGGCCGGAGCUUUCGGUGUACCGCCCCAGCGAAUGAUGCCUGGGCCCAUUCCGCCCCCGCAUAUGAUGCACCCGGGCCACGAGCAUCAGGGACUGGACGACAUGGCCGCCUACCUGCGAUCACAGUUUAGAGACCCUGCCUUUGCCGACUGCACCCUGGAGCUUCGCUACCUCGACGACCGCGCUCCUCCCGUUCGCCUCCCAGGUCACCGCCUCGUUCUUGCCAGAAGCCAAGCCGUCCGCAACGUUCUAGAGGCCGAUAACGUCGAAUCCAGCUCGCCCGGCGCUAACCGCACCAUCCUUCUGCAGUCCGAUGACAAGUACCUCCGAUCCGAUGCCUUCUGGAUGGCCGUCCAGCACCUGUACGCCUUCCCGCUGUUGGAAAUGCCAGAGCCGGCCUCCAAUGGCAACUUCACCAUGGCCGGCAAUGCCGAUGACCGCUUCGACUUUGCCCUUGGCUAUGCUGCCGCUGGCCAUAUCCUGGCGUGGCAGCCUAUUGUCUUCCGUGGCCUGGAGAUAGCGUCUCAUUCCCUUAGCUGGUCGACGAUUGAGCGUGCUCUUGGCUUCGCUCUCGGUGAUCUGCCCAGUCGCGCUUCAGCUGACAGACACAGCCAGUUCGUCUAUGGCGAGCCUGUCCACGUUCUGAUGAACGGCAUUAUCUCGUUCAUCAUCAACAACUUCCCUCCCGACUUCACCCUAGACACGUCUGUCGCCGAUCCCGAGCGCUUUGCCCGACUUCCCAUUGCCUCGACAUCGCUCCCGCCCCGGGAAGGAACACCCACUAUUGCUUGCGGAACAGCAGGCCAAGAUCGUCGCCCUCGCCCCAUGCACAUCCAGUUCGGUGACCUCGCUUUGUGCCCCGACAGCACAUCAAACGGUUCGGAUUCGACCUCGCAGUCCUCUCAGCAAAAUAGCAUCCGGUCGACGCUCUCAACUAUUCUCAUUAACCUCCCGUUUGCGUACUUGAAGCCAGCCCUCGAGUCCAGUGGCUAUGGUAAUGUCAAUGGAUGGGCGAACGUCGAGGCUCGGCACCACAUCAUGCGGGCCGUUGUUUCUGAGCGGGAGAAUAGACGCUCGAGAGUGGCCGAGGCGGUCAGAUCUGGUGCAGUUCCGCAUGCCGAGUCCAUCUUGUAUAGCCUGCAGACUGCCGAUUCCCGUCAGAACGAGGAGUGGCACGCCCUUGGCUGGCGCGAGGAUGUGGUCUCGUACGUUAACGGCGACGCGCCGUCUCUCGGCCGGCAGUGGGCACCGUUGAUGGCGCCACAGCAGCAAAACGGCACCAACCAUGUGGAGGCUACCAGCCGAGCGGCCUAUCCUUGA